AUGUAUAUCCUGAAGCUGCCAGUAGUUAUUAUUGUGCUCUCAGUUGCAAUGAGCCAACUGACAGCUACACCUGUUAAAAGUCAUCAACUGGAAAAACGCAAAUGCAACACCAUCACCUGCGCCACACAACGCCUGGCAAAUUUUUUAGUUCAUUCCAGCAACAACUUCGGGGCUAUUUUCUCACCUGUCAAUUUGGGAUCCAAAUCAUAUGGCAAGAGGAAUGCAGUCAAAGUUUUAAACACAGAACCACUUACCCCCUUGCCCCUGUAG